CUAACUUACAGUAAAAUACGUGCGGCAGUGCAGGCUUCCCAUGAGAAACAAAAACCAAACUCAUAGAAAUCAACUAAAAUCUAGUACUGCUUGUCUUCAAUCUUCUCAAGUCAAAACCAAGAAAAGUCUGUACGACAAAUAAAGCAAAUCUUUUCUCUAAGCCCCCUCCGCUUCUUCCCCCAUCAAUACUUCACAACUUUCCUUCUAUUCUGUUUCAUCAUUCCACAAUCUUGUUUUAUUUUUUUGUUUUUGGUUGCUAAUUUUGGAAUUUCUUGAGGUGCCUUACGUUUUUAACCAAUUUUGUUAUGGCUUGCUUUACUGGUUGUUUUAGUAGAAAGGCAGAUCCCCCAACUACGGGAGCCAUAGACCUUGAGGAAGAGCUUUCAAGCAUUCAGAACAUCAGACUGUACUCUUAUAAGGAGCUUCAAAUUGCCUCUAAUGACUUUAGCACGGUCAAUAAAAUCGGGAGGGGCGGCUUUGGUUCUGUUUACAAGGGGAAACUAAAAGAUGGCACUUUGGUGGCUUUGAAAGUUCUUUCAGUAGAGUCAAGUCAGGGUGUUCGGGAGUUCUUGACAGAGAUAAAUACUAUAUCAGCCAUACAGCAUGAAAACCUAGUUUCAUUGUAUGGUUGCUGCGUGGAAGGAGGUCAUAGAAUUGUUGUUUAUGGUUAUCUUGAAAAUAAUAGCCUUGCUCAAACUUUAUUAGGUAGUAUGCGUUCAAACAUUAAGUUUAGCUGGAAUAUUAGGACCAAAAUUUGCAUAGGGGUUGCACGGGGUUUAGCAUUCCUUCAUGAGGAAAUCCAGCCUCAUGUUGUCCACCGAGAUAUUAAAGCAAGCAAUGUUCUCCUAGACAAAGACCUCACUCCCAAGAUUUCAGAUUUUGGCCUUGCAAAACUUUUUCCAGCAAAUCUUACUCAUAUUAGCACUCGGGUUGCAGGAACUUUGGGUUAUCUGGCCCCAGAGUAUGCAAUACGAGGCCAAUUAACGAGGAAAGCAGAUAUUUAUAGUUUUGGCGUUCUCCUCUUGGAGAUUGUCUGUGGACGUUGCAACAAGAAUGACCGGUUACCAGGUGAAGACAAGUAUCUUCUUGAAAGGGCAUGGGUGCUAUACAGUGACAACAAGUUAGAAGAAUUGAUGGAUGUAUCGCUGGAAGGGGAUAGGGAGUUUGACCUAGACGAGGCUAGCAAAUUUAUAAAAAUCUCAUUUCUUUGUACCCAACAAAUGCCAAAGCUACGACCAUCCAUGUCUACCGUUGUAAAGAUGUUAAGAGGUGAGAUUGGUGUGGAUGAGAAGAUGAUAUCACAACCCGGCCUGAUUUCAGAACAAUUUGGAAAGAAUAACACCAUAGAUGCCUCGUCUUCUGGCUUGGAAAAGCAUGAUAAUUCUACAAGUGACACAACCAUGUCAUAUGGCACUAUGACUUUUUCAUCAAUAUAUAAUCGAAGCCCUUGAUUGUGAUGUGGUAGAAUAAUGUACAGCACCAUGGUUGUCAUAUGGAUGAGAAGUGUCUAACAGGGAUGUGAGAAAACAGUUUAUGUGUGCGUUUGGCGGACAUUUCCAGGACAAGCACAAGAUGCACAGAUGAAGAAACUUUGGUAGUUAGGGAGUCUGUAGCAAAUCAAAUGGCUAAUCAGUACAUGCAGAACCACGCAGCUUGAUAUCAAGAUGAACAUCAAAACAUCCUAGAAUGCUCAACCAAACUGACAAUCAGCGAACAUCCAUGUCAGAAAUGUCAUCCAAUUGACACACUAAUGAAUACAUUCCCGAGUUUUCUGAAACUGAACGUGGCAUUGCUUGUCGGUCUGGUCCAAGGCUAAACUGAUGGCAACAGAAGAACUACCCCCGGCAGCCCGGCUGGUUGGCUCCCUGAGAUGAAUUUUAGACAGGCUGGCACGAUAAGUACUACUCUUAAGUGGUUACUAAUUCAAUUUAGUAUCAUAGUUGCAUGUUAGGAGAGAUUGCAGAUUUAGAACUAAAGAAAACAAGUGAAGUUUACUAAUUUCUCCUAAUUUUUUUUUAAUAGGAAAUGCAUCAUUCCCUAAUUAAGGAUGAUCCUUUCGAGGACAACUGUGCAUAUGUGAGUGGUUUUGUGACGAUGUUUGAAUGCAAACCAACUGAGCUUUUGUAUAA